GGCUGAUGUUUAUCAGGUGGUAAAUGAAGAUGAAUACUCAGACAUUGUCCGUAAGCGACAGGAAGAGGACUGGGUCAUUGAUGAUGGUGAGAAGUUCAUCGCCUUUGUGCUUAAACUUCAGCGACAAGCGUUAACAGCAAAAGUGCACGCCUAAAUCAUUUUACCUCUGCUACAGUGUAAAAUAGCUUUAUAAAGAUAUCGAGUGAAACAUGGGUUGGGGGCUCCUACACUACACUGUAGCUAGAAAGUGUGAUGUUUCACAGUUGCCCUGUGAUGUUGACAAACGGUUGGGUGGGUAGAUGUAGGGUCCAGGGUUCGGUGAAUACGGCAAAUUUGGCGAUUUUACGCCAAAAUUGUUCAAAUGACUCCACUGAGGUUACGGAGGGAGUCACUUCGACCCAGAAAUCUUCGGUAACAAGCAUAGUUUUGUCCUUACCUUUUUCGCAAACAAAUACAAUAACUUUACGUUAAUUGUAAACAUUGUAAACAUUAUUGUUCUGGCUUUAUACUUAUAAUGACCCAAAGCAUCUUGUUUUGUUUAUACUUUGUAGUUUGGCAUGAAAACCUUUCCCCCUGCCUCCCACAACCUCCAAGGUCUCUUAUAAGAUGAAUGGCACAGUUUCUACUUAUCACGCUAAUUAUCCACACCUAAACCCUCUGCAAGUCAGAUGCCAUUUGAAAGCAGAGUGCUGAGGUUUAUAGAAAGUUCACUGAAUACUCCCUCCAGUGAUUUUGCUAAUAAAUUCAUUCAACAGGAAUCAUCUAACCCAAGAGUACCCCUUUUCAAACAGGAGCCUACUUCCCCACCAAAACCCAGUCACAUUACAGCAAAGAUAAGAUCUGUGGCGGCUGUAAAAACUGAGCCAUGUGAUAGAACAGAAAGAAAGUAG